UCCCGGCUCUUGUCCCGCCUAUUAGUACUCCCCCUACAUUUCCCACUCUUCCACUGAAAGCAGCUGCUUCUGUUCCUGGGAUGAAAUUCGCUCUAGAGAUCAUACGGAUAGUUUUCGGAAAAGAAAUAUCCGCGUCGUUUCUCUGAUCUAAUGAAGUUUAAUAUCAACAAGGCCUGCGAUCUGAGAUCCAUCUCAGUGCUUCCGCCUCACUCCAGGAGAGUGAGCACAAUGAAUUCUGGAGUGGAUGCAUACGGGUUAGGAAGAAAUCAGGCUUCGCAACUCCGAUCUCAGUCUCAGCAGUCAUUUUCUCAGGGGCUUUCUCAGUCUCAGAUCUCUCAGAACUCUUUCGAGAACUUGGGGAACGAUCAGAAAUUUGAUUCUCAAGAAAGAGAAACGGCAUCAAAAAGAAUAUCUUCAUUGGCUCCCAUCAUGCCAACACGAGAAGAUUCUCAGCUGCAGCUGUCGAGGACAUCCAGCAAUGCCAUGCGACAGUGGAGUUGCACCACUGCUCCAGAUAAUAAAUGCCAAGUUAGUGAAGAGCUUGAACGCAGAUUAAGGUUCCAGGAAAGUUCACUAAACAAGCUGAGCAUGAUCCUAGACUCCCUUCAGAGCGAUGUCAUGCAAGUGAACAGAGCAGUCAAAGAAGUAUCUCUGGAGGUGGAAGGAAUACGGCAGAAGGCAACUCUUAUUGAUAGUUCCACACAGCAAGUGCUCAAAGAAGAGGAAGAUAUCAAAACACGUCUUGAUAGAAGCAUGAAAAUCAUUUCUGAUGAAAUGAUGAAGAAAACUGAUCUUAAUAGAGUAAAUGAGGCCGCAAUGGAAAUUCCUACUUUUACAAAGGAAAUAGAAGCACAGUUAGUUGGAUUUCGACGUGAGAUAUGUCUCAUCAUCUCAAAAAACAUGGAGGUUUUAAAAAACAGUAUGAAGUCUAUUAUCAAUAAUUUGCCAGAUGCAAUCUUGUCAAGAGAGGCUAGAGGCUGUAUUGCAAUUCAAAGGCGUCAAAAGGACCAUAUAUCAAAUUUUGAGAUGCCUGCAAGUUCUUCGCUCAGUCAUAUGAGAAGGGAUGCAGUUUUAAACGAGCCUCUAAAGGUCUUAAAACCAAAAUUGACAAAUCCUAGUAAAUAUGCGAUUGUUAAGAAAGAAGCAAUUCCAAUGGCAUUGAAGGAACAGAUACUCAUUGAAUCAGACGAUGAAAGUGACGGAAGUCUUUGUAUCCUAGUUAAGAAAGAAACCGGCGUUCUUAGUAAGGAGUGCCAAUUGGAGAAGGAAGCUAGAGAAGAAACCAUGCGAAUUCUUAUUAAAGCGAGGAAAAGAAAAAGAAGAGAAAGUAAUUACAUGAAUAUACUUUGAGGCCAAAUUGGCUAACAUAAGUUCAUCCUCUUAGCUUUCUAUCCAAUAUCCUCACGAGAUUUAUCCUGAUUCAUGAAGGUAAUAAUGUAUUUCAUAUUUUCCAAUUUAUCAAGGUAACAGUUUUUUCGAUAAAACAGCCUGUUACUCAAUCCUCUCAGAUGCUAUCUAACUUCU